AUGGAGACAGGCAGUAAGACUGAAGUCCAGAGCAAAAAGCAGGUCUCUAAACCCAAUACUAAAAGGCCUAGAAGGAAAGGCAAUAUAAGUAAUACAAAUAAGCCGAAAGUAAAUGUAUUAGCUGAUGUACGGAGUUCAAAGGAAAUUGAUGGCUAUAAUGUUACUGCAAAAUAUGUUGGGGCAGGUGAACAAGAUCUUCCUGAUUUUACAGACAUUAAAUGGUAUUCAGAACAUGUGCGUAAAAGCCAAUACUUGCUUCAAAUUAUAAAACGUAGAAAUACAGAAUGCUAUCGUCCAAGAAGUGGCCUAUUCAGAUUACUAGACAACAGGUUUUUUCCACCACCUGUAAAAGUAAAACAAACAGUUGAUGACUUGGUUUUGGAUGAAGAAGAGAAAUUUAUUGAUCUUCCAGUCAAUUUAGUUCUACGAUUAAGUACUUCACUCAAAGAUUUCCUGCAAAUGCCCUACGAUUAUUUUUGUCCAACAGUAAAAUUGGGGCUAUCAAGUCAAACAUGCAAAACGUGUGGUCUUUAUCAUGCUUUCGUCAAGUCACUAAAUCGUCACAUCGAGAAGAUCCAUAAAAAAGUAACUUUAUUACCGGGACCUGCUUGGAGCCCACCGGGUGGAUCUGGACCACGGUAUGGCGCUAACUUUUACAAUUCAACUAUUGCAACUGAUAACAUGAACAAAAAGGAAAAGAAAAGACGAGAAAAGGAAAAGGAAAGGCGCCGAAAGAAAAAAGGAAAGGCGCAGGAAAGAAGAAGAGAAAAAGAAGGACGAUAG